CGGGAAUAUAUAUACUCGCUCCGGGAAACUCAAAUUUGCUCUUUCCCCUCCCCGCCGACUAAUGGCGUCCGCCACCGUCGUCGAUACACUCGAUGCCGCCCCUCUCCCCGCCGAUACCGACCGCCCAUUGCAAUUAGACUCGAUUCCGACCGUUGAUCUCCGCCUCCUUUCCCAAUCUGAGCUCUACGCUCUUUCCCUCUGUUCUCCAUCCGCUUUCGACCCCCGUCGCUCUGACGAUGUCGUCAGCCCCAAGCUCGACCGCUCCGUCUUCAACGAGUCCGCCGGGUCUCGCAAACAGACUUAUUCCCGUCUCCGUCUCGCCCCUGCGUCGUCAUCCUCUGCUCUCCGUAGCCGAACACCUCAUCUGCGCGCCUCAAAUCACAACCAGAACCAUCCCUCCCUCCAGACAGACCCGGAGAACUUUCAAAUCGUGUCCCUCCUGAAGCGGCUUUUCGCAGCGGAGACGAGCCCCACCGACUUGGUUCCCAUCCCAGUUGAUUAUACGGGCUCAGUUCAGCCGGUUGCCCAAUUGCCCAAUGUCCCGCCCCCGGGGUUCAAGAGAAAACGCGGGCGGCCUAGAAAGGACAAAAGCGACCUUGUGGACGUGAAAUUCGAGCAGCCAAGUCAUUCAAAUGGGGAUACGACGAUAGCUAACGCAGUGACAUUCGAGAAUUCGCUGGAUGGGGAUAAAGAGGUUAUGAAUGCUGUUGGCGUCCCGGUUGAUUUGGUUGCUCUGGGCUCAUUGCAGGAUCCAUAUGGUAUGGAGCUGAGGCGGAGGACAGAAGGACUUGAGGGUGAGGCGAAGCUGUUAGGGUUUCUCCAGGGUUUGAAUGGACAGUGGGGAAGUAGGAGAAAGAAGAGGAGAAUUGUGGACGCCAAUCAGUUUGGGGAUACUUUGCCUAAAGGAUGGAAGCUUUUGCUGUCCCUCAAAAGGAAGACAGGCUAUGUUUGGGUGUACUGCCGUCGCUACAUAAGCCCUAGUGGACGAAACUUUAUAUCAUGCAAGGAAGUUUCUACGUACUUGAUCUCCCUCCAUGAGGAACAAUGCAUCCCUCCACUUAACAAUGUUGAUAGUACCAAAAGCACACUUGAAGGAGAUAAACCAGCUACUGAUGCAAGCAAAGUGCAACAGACUGUAGAUAAUGUCGCUCUAGAUGUUACUAAUAAGGAAACCAUUGCUACUAGCCAUGUGAAAUCACAUCCAGUUAGUAAUAUGCUAAUUAAUGAUCCAUUGCUGCUUGGAGAUCUGCAAGAGGUCCAUGUAAUGGAUGAGAAUCGGAAUUUUGGUUAUGAAAAUACGGAUAGUUUGAAGCAGAAUAUGUCUUCCUUUCACAAGAGAAAGAAACCAAAAAGUGGUCAAUCCAUUACUGAUGGGGUGAUUAUGAAAGAUGGAAAGUUUGAGUGCCAGUUCUGCCACAAGUCAUUUGAUGAAAGGCAUCGCUACAAUGGUCAUGUUGGGACCCAUGUUAAGAAUCAGGUAAAGAGUGCCAAUGAAUCAUUGCAGAUGAAUGUGGGCCCACAAACAGAUUCUAGAUUGCAUGAACCUAUUGUUUUAGACCAAGAGUUUUCAGAAACAAAAAAUGUGGAUCAAGAAUCUAAGACUAACACUUUAUGUCAGGAUAAGCUUGAUGAUCAGGAUGGUGAGGAAUCAACAACCCCGGAUAACAUUAAAAAUGCAGACAAGUCUGAAGAUCUAUUUUCCAUCAAAUACACAAGAUGCUCCAGCCCUGAAGCUAUUUUUUCUCACGAUGAUAAACUUGAUGAUUUUAGAAGUACUUCUAAUUUGGUGGAGCCUGAAAAGGUUCCCUCUUCUGCAAGUGUUUUGCAUUCUUCAGCUGACAAUGUGAAAGUGUGUGAUUUUGGUGACCUUCAACUUGACAAGGACAGUCCUGAUGUGAAAAAAGAAUCAAUAUCUGGGUUAUUAUGCGUUAACGAUAGGGAAGAUGAUGUUCAAAUGGAUGAUAUCACACCCUCUUCUAUACAUACAGUAACGGAAGGAGAAUGUGAUGAUGUUUUACAGACACUGUCCGUUGAUGAGGAUGACCGUGUUGACAAUCUAAAUAUCCUUUUUUCUAGCUGUAUUGAUGAGCAGAAGUUUGAUGGCAUAUCCAAUGUGGGAAAAUCACAAGGUGUAUGUGGUGAACCAAACAAUGAUGAUUUUGGGUGUAAUACGUCUUGGGGUAAAAAUAUUGAUUCUGCUGAUGAAAAGUAUGGAAGUCCGUUUCCAGAGUGUGUUGAAAAUGAAAAAUGUGAGAAGAAUGAUGGUCCUAGUGAAAAUUAUGCUGCUGGCAAUGUUUCAACUAGUAAGGUUGAUGAACUAGACAUCAAUGAGCUAGAUAAUGUUAAUAAUGAUGCAUUGAUUUUCCCUUUUAGCAGCAGCAGUCAUGGUGGAUUAAAUGUAGACACUUCUUCUACAGAUCUGAAACAGGACAGGAACCUCCACUUCUCACUUUUUGGCGAUGACAAUGACACUGAGGGUUACAAAAGUAAUAAUGUUGAACUGUAUGGGCAAGAACCGCCUGAAACUGCAAUUCUUCCUCAGGAUUUUGGUGAGUCAGCUUCCAAUCAGGCAUUUACAAGAAUUAAUGGGCUUCAUUGUUCAGGCCAUCAAGAUCUAAACCUCACUUUUGGAAACUCUCAUGUUGAGUUUGGCACAAAUGCUGACAUCAUGCAACUUCAGCAAGGAGGGUACCCUACAGGAACGUCAAGUUUCCAGAUUGGUAUGGGGCAAACAUAUGGUGGCCAAAGCAGUCUUGUGCAUAACAUUGAUCACAGAAGAGUGGAACAUCAGAAGCAGGGGGUAGGGGUUGGUUUGCAAAAUUCGUCAUUCAAUAGCAAAUUUGGUGGUUUUGGAAACAAUUAUAAUAUGGCGGUGUACCCUAAUAGUUGCUGGGGGGAAGAGAGAAUGGAUAGUGUUGGCAAAUUUGGUAAGAAUUUUGUGGGUAGUGUUAGGGGUAAUGUUGUCCAGACUAACAAAGGUACAAUGGAUGGAAGCAUUUGGAGAAACAGUGUGGGAAAUCUAGUGAAUCAUGAUAACAGUUUGGCAGCUAAUGCUAACUCACUGGUGCAGUCAUCAAAUUGCUUUCAAACCUAUGAUCUAAUGUCAGAUAAGGGUGAAGGGCUAUUUAAAAUGAAUGACAGAAGUGGCAGUUUUGAAGGGUUGAGGUCAGACAGAAGUGAACCAGUGGAAUACAGUUUCAUGGGGACUCAGAGUUUGAGCUGCGGUCAGCAAGAACCGAAAGGUUUCCCCUUCGGGGUAGAUAUGGGUGGAGGGUUCAAUCCGUCAUUUUGGAUGGGCAAAGACGGUGGUGGGGCUCAAAAUGUGUCGGGAAGAAAUGUUGUUCCCACAGUGUGCAUCUGGUGCAGCAGCACAUUCUAUCAGGAGGCCAUGCAAUCUGGCACACAAGGAGUAGUUGGUUCCAUGUGUCCUACCUGCAGCUCUAGAAUUUGACAUCGUUUUUCUGGCUGAUUUUGUGAUCGUAAUUUUAAGGUCUUUUUAAUACAUAUUAAUUCCAAUUAUGUUUUUUUUUCCAAAAUUUCUUUAGGUCGUUGUUAACCCCAACGAUAUACUCCCUCCGUCCCUCAAUAGUUUACCAAGUUUGACCGGCACAGGAAAUAGUAAAAGUAAAAAUUGUGUGGUUUA